AAAGACGAGCUGCAGCUGCCGGCGAUAGCAAAUCGACAACAUCCUCUCUUAUGGCGAGGCGUUGCCUCAGUAGAAGCAACAAUUCCUUGGAGUCAGGCAGCUCAAUCCAGUACAAGGACAGGCUGUACAAAUCCGCAUCGCAAGCUUUGGAGGACUAUAUUAAAGAUUACGAUCUCAGUCUUGCGUCUCCAGACAUAAAACCUGGGAAGAUCUGCAUUAACCAGAGCACUCCUAGAGACUUAAAACCUCCGAAGGAUCGUUUCCAGCAAAAAUGUGCUCUGGAAGACUUUGAACAGCGGGCAAUAAAAGUUCCUAUUUCUCCACCUUCGAGAAGGAAAACUACUCGUGACCCAGACAUGCUCAGUCUCACAACAGAUGACCUCCUGGCCUUUCCUCCUGACGGUUCCGUGUCUUUUAACCAAGUCACCGCCUUACGGCCCGAACGUCAGAAUAGCAAAUCGAAGAGGAAAUCCCAGACUUCUGCCUCGUGUGUUCAUCACCAGACCUCAUCCUUUGGCAGCGAAGGAGAAAUGAGUUUUCCUGGAGAUCCGGUUAUUUCCUCUUCUUACAAAGACUUUAGCAGAAAGGUGUCCACAAAACAUACGUUUCACAGAUACCGUUCUGACGCCUCAGGGCGUCCUCUGCAAAAUCGCUUGACUGAGCAGGAGGAGUCGGAGCCUGUUUUUCAUAAGAACUAUCCGAGGUGGCUUACGAGUCAAAAAUCUGACUUGAGUGUUUCAGAGAUAAGCAGCCUUCCGGAUUUCAAGUACCCAGCUUGGCUCGACAGCCAUAAUCUCCUGCCAGAUUCAGCUACUGAAAGUUUUUCCCAGACUAGUGAAGGGGGAAGUGAUUUUUCCCAUUUGCAAGGGAGUCAGAAGCGGACCAGUGUUCAAAAUCUGAGCGGAUCGAACGACUUUAGACAUCCUGAGUGGAAUGGUUUGGUGGACCUACAAAAUAAGGACACUGUUGUGAGAAACUGCCACCAUGAUUGCCGGAGGGUGUGUUUUGCACCUGAUGGUUUGGGAGAGGACCAGCAUUCAUGGAGAGAGAAUGAUCCCAAGGCCCCACUGAAGGUAAAGAGAACGCCGGAGUCCUCUGCUGAUGAAUUAGCCAGCGCCCUGAACAAUGGCGGCAGUCCUUGUACGGUGGACAACCUGGAGGCUGAAAGAUCGUGGGAUAAUGUUCCAGUUGGUUUGAAAUCUCCUGUGCCUGUGUGCUGUGAAGAUAACUCUCCACCGUCCUCCAAAGCAAGCAUUGUUAAUGGGUUUUUAGAAGAUUGUCUACAGAAUAGUAGUCAGGAGAGUACUUUUUCAGGGGGGAACCAUCAUGGGCCUGUGGAAGCUCUGAAGCUAAUGCUGUUUAAUCUUCAAGCAUUUCAGCGAAGUUUUGACCUGAAGAAGACCGCUGAACAAAACGAAGAGUCUGAAAAAGCUUCCCACGAAGACGUUGAUUUGAGGCAGUGCGACAACGAUAUAAUCCCUGUAACAAGGUCCCUUCAGAGAGCUUUACACCAUUUGUCUCGACUGAAAGGGCUGGUUGAAGAUACAUGUGGCAAAGAAGAGUUGAAAAGAUCGUAACAAGACAUAAAGGAUAAAGUAGCAUAAUCUUCCCCUAUGCGGUCACUUCUUGGGCACUUAUAGAGUUGUAGCUAUAACCAAGUGCAAUAAGAAAACCUUUCGGGCAAGCCGGUCACUUGCUGGACAUUUGAGAGAACCUCUUAAAUCUUCAGUGUUGGGUGAUUAAAAAAAGAAAAAUCUCAAACCAGGGUGUGUAUUCCUAAAAAAAAACCCCAUCUCUCUGGAGUCUGCAGGAUUUCCACUGAAAUAUUUUAAUCUUUAAAACCUGUAGACCAGGAUCCAAAGAGCUAUCGAAGCCCACAGAAGGGGCUGGGGGUCUGCAACCUGCGGCUCUCCAGAUGUUCAUGGACUACAAAUCCCAUCAGCCCCUGCCAGCAUGGCCAAUUGGCUGAGGGGAAUUGUAGUCCAUGAACAUCUGGAGAGCCGCAGGUUGCAGACCUCCAGCCCAAUAAGAUGUUGAGCUCUUUUUCCUUCCAAAAGCCAGGGCCUCUGCGCUAUGCCGCAAAAUUGCUUUUGGGCCACCACAAACCUGCGUAACCACUGUCUGGAAAAAAAAAGGGAGUCUGUAACCUCGCAUGCUCACCCCUGCUCUAUUGCAGGUACACGGAGCCAGUUUAAUAAUUCUUUCGAUCCUGCUGGCUGUUGCCAGGAGCAUUCAUUAUUUAAAAUAAAUAUUGGUAGCAAACAGCCAUGAACUACCCAAUCUGGUUCUGUAGAGUCAGAAAGGGAGGACUCAGAUCAUGAAGUGGCAAGGUUAAGAGAGCAUUGUGGCAGAAGGUAUUCCAUGUUGGCUGAAUUAGAUCUAAACCCUUGUCUGAUCUGUCAGUACUGGAAAUGCUGAUCGCUCUGAACGCAGAUCGCGCUUCCUUCGCUAUGAAUCGCAUUUGGCAACGUAACGUUAGAUUUCAACAUUGUAAUAAAUUCAAGGUGUGCCUUGCGGAGCAUUUUUAAUUUUUUUAAUGGUCUGGGUUAUUACAAUUCUGUGGGAAACCAGCAGAGGUAAGCUGUGCAGUCUACCCCUGUUGGGAAGCAACAUGUAGCAUUUGGAUAUUGUUGAUCAAUUCCAUCAGCUUUUGCGCACAAGCAUUUUCCAACCCUUGUUUUUGUAACAGUUAAAUAAAAUACUAAUUAAUUUUUA